GCUGAGGGUAGGCCAAGGGUGGGCUGAGGGUGGGCCGAGGGUGGGCCAGCUACUCAGACUAAAUUACACCAAAGCUGAAGUUUCAAUUUAAAGCACAAGAGCUACAAUUUUACAUGCACAAAAUUAUACACAAGCCCAAAUCAACCCAUGUGUGUGUGUGACUGUGUGUGUGUGUAUGUGUGCGUGUGUUAUCCGAUUCCUCCACCAAUCACACUGAUCGGGGCUGCAGAUAUAAACCCUGCGAGUGUGUGAGUGUGUGUGCGAUUUUCAACGUGAGCGACGAUGAAGACUCUGACCAUCCUGCUGCUCUCCGCUCUCAUCGGCCUGUGUGCAUGCAUGGGUGUGUCUGACACAACAGUUAAUAAAGCUGAUUCUCCCAGUGAUGCAGGCGUGUUUGUGGAGAGAGAGGAGGCAUUGAUUGUGGUGAGACAGAAAAGAGCAACAGCAGCUGCAGACCUGUCGCUGGCUCAGUUAGAGAGUCUCCGAGAGGUGUGCGAGGCGAACCUGGACUGUGAGAAUAUGAUGGACACAUCUGGAAUCAUCGCCGCCUACACCAAACACUACGGGCCAAUCCCCUUCUAGAUGCACACCAAGCCAACCAAUCACCUUUAAGGAUGCUGGAAUGGCCGGGGCCAUAGAGAGCCCAGAGUAGAUUAGUGCCAUAUUUGACUGUUAUCCAGAUUAGAGUA